GUCUGCGCCAAAUCAGUAUUUCGUAUUCGGGCAAUCCGAAGCAUAUCAGCAGCUAGCAAGUUCAUGCGAGGCCAAGUAUGACAAGAGCUUCAUCUUAUAUCCCCGUGGCGUGGCGGUCGAGUAAACAUUGCUGGGUUGUAAAUUAACAGCAUGCACAUGCAUCUUGGUCAAAGUCCUCGGUCUGCAAUACCACUCCGGUGCAUGUAGUUAAGGGUAACUCGGCAUCCAGACUCAUUCUCUUUUCUUUCUACAUGUACUCACUCACUACACAUUACACCAUUAGCAACAUUGACUUGUGACUUUUCCAAGACAUUCUCCGUAUAUUGAUGUCUGGAAAUUAACAGAGUUUAAAAUAUAUGUGCUGCAGUUUAUGACCAGCGGGAUGCAGUUGGGUGAUACGUAAGCCUAAUACAGGUCUACUGCACUUCAAUUCUCUGCCAACAAUCAUUUCAGGUAAACUCCUGUUGAAUUGAACAUCCGACUCGUCCAUCCGCCUUCUACCGUAUCGCUCGGCUUCCGGUUAUUUUCACGAGGAAUGCCUGGGUGAUGAAAAUGGGCUAUCCUAUUCGAUGGUUAGAAAGAAUAUGGUGCUUCUGCUAAACUGCCAAAUCGGUUUUAAUGAUUGGUUCCACGGUGACUGACCCGUGUGGAUGUAAUUAUUGCAAUUGGAUCGUCAGCGAAAAUCCAGGGUAAACUUUGGAAUGUCAGAGUCAGAAGCGUAUGUGGUAUUCGAUCAUGGCACUAAACUUCAAGAGAAUCUUUUACAUGGCCAAGUUGCGGACCAAGCCCAGAUGCCAGUGGCUGAUUGCUGUCUGCACUAUGGUCCACAUCAUGAUUUACAACCACUGUAGCGCCCUCAUCGGUGAUCAUCAAGACCUCCUUGAGAAGCACUAUUCCCUCGGCUUCAAUCCUGAUCUCAUACAGGUCAAUGCCACUUCCAAGCUCCUUAGCUGUGAGGACAUCUCAACGAUUCAGCAAGGGGAUACCAUUGGGCGUGGCACCACGAAGGAGGUGUUUGAAGGAACCUACAAGGGUAGGAAGGUGGCAAUUAAGAUGGUCACACCCAAAGUUAGAGAUGUCAUGGCGUGUCUCAAGAGAAGGGCCUAUCGGAGCAAGUCGGAGUGCUACGAAUAUGCAAAUUUUAAGCUGAUGAAGGAAAUAGCCUAUGGCUUGCAGAUCAAUAGUGACAGAUUAAUCAAGCUUCUAGGGUACUGUGUACGAGGUGAUGCAGUAACAGGAUCUGUCCGCGAUCAGGGGGUCGUUGAAGUCGUGGAAUUUGGAAAGAAACUCAACAAGUAUAGACUCACACAAUUUACCUGGCCUGAGAGAUUACAGGUUGCCAAAGAUCUGGCUGAUGCACUCGUGAUAUUAGAAUAUUCUCCUAUUGGCUCGGUCGAUAUCGGCGACUUCAAAUUGAAUCAGUUCAUCCUCAUUGAUGGAAGGUUAAAGGUCGGUGACCUUGACGAUAUGUCUACUCAGGAGAAACCGUGUAUAAAAUCACGUGACUGCAGUAUACUGGGCGAAACCUCGGGAAUUGAGUGCGUGAAUUCGACGUGCAACGGUAUCAACGCCAAAGCGAACAUUCUCUUAGCCACAAUUGAGAUUCUGGAACCUCUAUUCGAAAAUCCACCGGAACAACUUAGUGAACGAGUUGACCUGCUUCUUACAAAGUUAAAGAACUAUCAAAUAAAUGCUCUUGAGCUUCAAAAGUUUUUAAUUGAUUUAACAGAUGAGUAUGCAAUAUCAUGACAUCGGUUUAGAGCUGUGCAGCAUUUUUGACAGUUAUUCCCUAGAAGAAAAUCAUUCCAUAGAAUGACUUAAGCUGAAAGGGGAGCAGAAACUGAAAUGCAGGGGGUGGAGGUCUGUUG